AAGCAAAUUUUAUGUGGCAAUUCAUAUGAGAGUACAUACAAAGGAGAGACCAUACGAAUGUGAGAUUUGUAACAAAGGUUUUUUCAAAGAAAACCCGUCUAGAAAGUCAUAUGACAGUACAUACAAAAGAGAAACCAUACAGCUGUGAGAUUUGCAACAAAGCCUUCUCAUAUAAAUGUAGUCUAAAGAUUCAUAUGAGAAUGCAUAGAAAGGAGACAUACAGCUGUGAAAUUUGCAAUAAGGCCUUCUAUGUGAAAAGUCAUGUAGUAAUGCACAUGAGAGUGCAUUCAAAAGAGAAGCCAUACAGCUGUGAAAUUUGCAACAAAGCCUUCUCAUAUAAAUCUAGUCUAGAGAUUCAUAAGAGAAUGCAUAGAAAGGAGACAUAUAUCUGUGAAAUUUGCAAUAAGGCCUUCUAUGUGAAAAGUCGUGUAGUAAGGCAUAUGAGAGUGUAUACAAAAGAGAAACCAUACAGCUGUGAGAUUUGCAAUAAAAACUUCUCAGAAAAAUCAAACCUAAUAAUCCACAUGAGAGUACACACAAAAGAAAAGCCAUACUGCUGUGAGAUUUGCAAUAAAUCCUUCUCAUUAAAAAGUAAUCUAGUAAGCCACAUGAGAGUUCAUACACAGGAGAAACCAUGUAGCUGUGAGAUUUGCAAUAAAGACUUCUCAGCUAAAUUUAGCCAAAUAAAACAUAUGGGAGUACAUAUGAAGGAGAAGCCAUACAUCUGUGAGUUUUGCAAUAAGGGUUUCUCACAGAAAGGUCGUCUAGUGAGACAUAUAAGAGUACAUACAAAGGAGAAGCCAUACUGCUGUGAGAUUUGUAAUAAGGCCUUUGCUUUGAAAGGUGGUUUAUUAAAGCAGAUGAGAGUACAUACAAAGGAUAAGCCAUAAGCCAGAUGCAUCUUAGAUAUUAAAAGUUAUCUUUUUCUGAUUUGU